GGAACAAAACCAUACAGAUAUUUAUGAAGUUGUCAAGGCAACAACUACAUUACUAUGGCGACAGAAGAUGAAAACAUACUUUGGCUGUGUAGACAUUGCACAAACUGGCUACAUCACAAAAUCGCAUUACAAACAGUUGACCAGUUUUAUCAAGGCAAAGUAUGAUGGACUGCAUCAACAAGAAUACGACACAAUUGAUCGCAUCUUUAUCCAAAUUCUAUGGGGAGAAGUAGCCACCAGAGGGGGCGAUAUCAGCAAUAAUCGGAAAGUGACCUUGACCGAAUUCACAUGCAACGCCGCAGUGAAUUUAAAACCAGAAAAUAUUGGAGUUUUCACAAAGGUUCUGGAUUAUAUAUCCGCAUCUAUAUACCAGUUAAUCGAUACGGAUAGAGCCAAAGAAUUAUCCGUCGAGGAAUUUAGCGAAUUCUUUAUAUUGUUCGGGAUUCCGGAACAGUUCUCCCUGAAUGCAUUUGAAUCCAUUGAUAAGAAUGACAGUGGGGAUAUCGACAAACAAGAGUUCAUGAAAGCAUUUCGUGACUUCUGGAUUGGACAAAAACCCGGAUGUGGGACAUUCUUUUUAGGCAGAUUAUUGUGACCCCCACCCUCCCCCCCAUCUCAAGCCAGAAUCUCAGUAACCUUAAGAUAAGAAAACAGACUUCGAGAUCAGGUUAUUCUCUUUGCUCUAGCAAUACUUAGGUCUAUCAACUAAAAUAAUGCGUACAACCUACAGAUGUAGGUACAUCUAGCUGGGACAUUUUCAUUUUCAAGCCAAGAGAGAAUAUAUAACAGUUUGAGUUUGGGGCAUAAAUAAAUGAGUAGUCGAUUUUCUAUCACUAUUUCCAAAACAUGGUGGUUUGAAUUGAAAGCUUCAAAUAUUGUCUCGAUACAUAUCCCCUGAAAUGUGUAUAUAUAUAUAACAUUUUGUAUUCUCUCAUCCACUGAUGUUUGGCUUCUUGAAAAUUUUAACAUGGGAAAUCCUCAAUUCAGCAAAUCCAUGACUAAUUAUUUAUGGCCCAAACUGUAAUAUUUUUUAAUAUAGUAGUUUAAAG